AUGUUGAAAAAGCAUGAAGUUCUUUCUUUUGCUUCAAAAACAAAAUCUGCUGGUCGCAUUUACAAGCGAAAUCUUCAUCAGGAUCUUUGUCUCACAUUAACAAGAAGAAGAGAAACAGUACGACAUUUAAAUGAUGAGGAUCACUUCUUCUUCCUAAAUCGUCGUGGGUUUCACACUUCCAAACCGUCUUUAACGAUAGCCAAAAAAAAGGCUGGGAGUAUUAUACCUUCCAAGUCUUCUCCUUCUUUAAGGGGUUGGUUGACCCUUGAAGGUUACCGCAUCUACCCGUGGUCGAUAUCAGGACUCGAGACUUGUGUCGUCAUCAAUGCUGAAGAUGAUAAAAAGCUCGCAGUGACCUUUGACAUCGGCUACACGACACGACCCAGUGUUCGUUGCCAGCAGGUUUUUAUCAGUCAUGGUCAUAUGGAUCACGUCUCUGGCCUGUUUCAACAUGCCACUAAAAGAAGUUUGUAUAAUCUGUCUCCUGCCGUCUACUAUGUCCCACCAAAUCUGGUUGAGACGCUACGUAAUGUGGGAAAACAGUUACAUUCUCUCUCUGGGACACCAGACAUCUUGCUGGAUUUAGAUAUCCGACCAAUUCAGCCAGGUGACAGUGUUUUGGUUACACCCGAAUAUGAAAUACGUCCAUUUGCGACUUUCCACCGUGUUCCCAGCCAGGGUUACCUGUUGUACCAUCGCUACAAACGCUUGAAACCAUUGUAUCGACAUCUGAGACCAAAAGAAAUUGCUGUGAUGGAAAACCAGUGCAGAGAGGAAAAUAUUUAUGAAGUGUCAUGGCUACCAGAAGUCGCUUUCACAGGUGAUACAACCUUUGAGCUUUUCUUGAACAACCCACCUGCUGACCUACUUAAAGUUCGAGUUCUCAUCUUGGAAGCCACAUAUCUGGAGAAUGUAACCCCGGGGAUUGUGCGCAAAGCUCGUGAACGAGGUCACACACACCUUUCCGAGAUAAUCGACCAUGCGCACCUUUUUUCUGAUGUUGAAAGACUUGUUCUCAUUCACCUGUCCGAUAAAUACUCAUCUAGUUUUGCAAGGGAUGCAGUCAGUUUUCAGAUGCCACCAUCCCUUCUUAAUAAAGUCGUUAUAGCAACCCUGGCAAAGGACAGGUCAUGA